AGUACCAUAGAAUUUGGAAGACAAAGUUUACCUAAUUAAGAGCCAAACUUAAAAACUUUUUGUAUGUAUUGGGAAGUUAUGGCAGGAAACAUGGGGUGGAGUGUGAUAAUAGAAGAGGAGGGAUGGAGGAAGGGACCUUGGACUUCUGAGGAGGACAGAUUGCUCAUUCAGUAUGUCAAGUUCCAUGGUGAAGGCAGAUGGAACUCUGUUGCUAGGCUUGCAGGACUGAAAAGAAAUGGGAAAAGCUGCAGAUUGAGAUGGGUGAAUUACCUGAGGCCAGACCUCAAGAAGGGUCACAUAACACCACAAGAAGAAAGCAUAAUUCAAGAGCUGCAUGCUAGGUGGGGAAACAGGUGGUCAACAAUUGCAAGAAGCUUGCCAGGAAGAACUGAUAAUGAGAUAAAGAACUAUUGGAGGACUCACUUCAAGAAAAAGACUAAAACCCCCUCUGAUGCUGCUGAGAAGGCGAGAAUCCGUUCCUCGAGGAGGCAACAAUUUCAACAGCAACAGCAGCAGUUGAAGCAGCAGCAGGUUCAGCAGCAGCAACAACAACAACAACAAUUCCAAUUCAACUUGGACAUGAAAGGGAUCAUAAACUUGCUUGAGGAAAAUAACCAUAGAGUGCCUUCUAUAUCUCAAGAGGCACAAGAAAUGGCCAGCAUGUACCCUAACACUUCAGAACAGCAGGACUACUUCUACUCUAUGUUCAAUGUCAAUGACAAUAAUGUCUCUGCACCUGAGUGCUUAAACGAAGAAAUUUUGUGGGAUGGACUGUGGAACUUGGACGAUGUUCUUUGCAAUUUCAAUGCAGCUAGUGCCACAAGCAAAGCUAGUUUACAUAAUUUAGUUGCUCCUUUCUGUUAAAGGUUUUAUUUAGCCUUCAAAAUUGUUAGGAAGAAUAUUAGUACUAAUGUGAGUCACGGCUUGAUAAAGCUCCAAAAUCUUGGAGCUUAGAGUUUUUUUUUAUCAUUAAAUGUUACUUGUUAGUUUUUGUUAGUGAGAAAUUUAAACUCACAACCUCUCCGCUCCUCCUUGAAGCUUAGAGUUAGGGUAGUGAAUGAUAUUCUGAAGGCGUGUUAUUGUGUAACCCAUUAAUAAAGUGUCUCGAUUUUGCUUAUAAA